CUUACAUUUUGGGAGGCGUGUGGUGCAGUAAAAUCUCUGCUUAUUCCGCACCAAUGGAGGACAAAAUGGACGAACAGAACAGUUUGGAUUCUACUCCCCGCGCAUCCGGUGUCUCGACACCGCAGCCACCGUCCAAAGUACAACAGCCCAAACCGCAGGCACUUCCGAGCAGGUCUGGCCCGUCGGCCAUACUCGUCUCAACAAGACAAAAGGGCAAUCCAAUAUUGAACCACAUCAAGCUACUGCCCUGGGAAUACGCUGAUAUUCCGGCGGACUAUGUGGUCGGAAACACGACCUGUGCUUUGUUUCUUUCACUCAAGUACCACCGCUUACAUCCCGAGUACAUCUACUCGCGGAUCCGUCUUCUAGCAGGGAAAUAUUUGCUCCGGAUCAUCUUGGUUAUCGUGGAUAUUCCCAACCAUGAAGACAGCCUGAAAGAGCUCUCCAAGACGUCAAUAGUCAACAACAUGACGCUGAUCCUUUGCUGGUCCGCACCCGAAGCUGCACACUAUCUUGAGUUAUUCAAAUCAUCCGAGAACUCUCAACCAACGGCUAUUCGCACGCAACAAGCCCAGUCGUACAAGGAAUCUCUUGUCGAGUUUGUCACGACACCCCGGAGCAUCAAUAAGUCGGAUGCAGCAAGCCUGAUAUCCACGUUUGGGAGCUUGCAGAAUGCAAUUAAUGCCCGGCCAGAGCAGAUUGGUGCAGUGCCCGGGUGGGGUGAGAAAAAAGUCAGGCAGUGGACCAGUACAGUAAGAGAAGGCUUUAGGGUGGAGCCGGCGAAGAAAACAACUGCUCCUGGAAGACUUACUGAAACCCGAACAACCGAGGCUGUUGAGGGUCAAAAUAUGACUGGAGCAACCCGGUUGGGAACAUCUGAAAGCAUUGACACAGAAACGCCUUUAGCAGAGGAAGACCGUCAAUUACAGGAAACGGGUCAGCAGGAGGAGAUGAGUGAAGGAAUCAUGGCGGCCCUGGCGAAGUAUCGAGAAAACGGCGGUUGAGUGGACGAUGACCGUCAUAUCCCCAAUAAACCCGGCAAACUCCGUUUCUGACGAACCAUGCCCCGCCUUGCAACCGAGAGACAAAAGCAGAGAAAUGCGACUAUUGUUGUGUUGCCAGAUCGGGAUUGAAUGUUAGUCUGGAGGGUCACGCAUCUGUUCCUCAUCCUUUGGCCAUAUUCUGUAGGUAUACUUCUAUGAGCAUACUAGGUCGCUCCUCAGUCUGAUCGGACUCAACUAAACCCGGGAAUCCGAGCACCCCUAUGUCAUUCUGAUGCCCCUCAGGCGCACUUGGUUGUGGAUGCGGUUGGGUUCGGAACCUUAGAUUAGAUGACAAAAGCUUGAUAAAGCUGCAUCGGCCAUCGGCCCACCAC